AUUUUCCAAAUGAAUCACGUGUGUUUGGUGCUCUCUGUAUGGUUGCCAAUAGCAACCGAAUAUUUUUGUCACAUUUGUUUAUUUUUGUUUCCAAAGAAUCAAAACAGUUUCAAUUAAAUAGAAUUUGUUUCGUUUUCCUUUCAUUGAAAUAGUUAAUUGUAAUUCUAUUCUAACAAUUUAUUCUCUUCCAUGAUGAGAGGUAUAAAUCGUGUUUCCUCUGAAAUUGGUAAAUGUUUAAUUCCCAAAGUUGGUGAUCGGACAGAGAUAAUCAAAUAUGCUCCUCAACGUCUUCCACCGAUGCCCAGUUAUCGAGAUCUACUGGCCAUUUAUGGAAUCCAUGGUAAGAAGCAAUUGUCUCAAAAUUUCCUGAUGAGACCAUUGACCAUCCGUAAAUUGGUUAAAUACAGUUGCAUCAAGCCAGGGGACACAGUGCUUGAGAUUGGCCCUGGUCCGGGUAACAUAACCAGAGAGAUACUUUCCCAAGGGCCUAAGGAAUUGUUUGUAAUUGAAAAGGAUCGCAGAUUCUUACCAAUGUUGGAAAUGUUGUCCGAUGCCGCUUAUCCUGGACAAAUGAAAAUCUUACUUGGUGAUGUGAGAGAUUUUAAUAUGGAAAAUUUUUUCGAUCCAAGUUUAAAACGAGAUUGGUUGGACUCACCGCCGUCCAUACAGUUUUUCAGUAAUCUACCUUUUAAUAUCGCCUCUCCUUUGUUGAUUAAAUGGUUGAAUCAAAUUCACUUGAGAAAAGGUGCCUUUGCUUAUGGUCGAGUUCCGUUGAGUUUAACUUUCCAAUGGGAAGUGGCCCAAAGAUUGGGUGCUGAUAUUUUACAAUAUGGACGAAGUCGAGUUUCCAUCAUGACUCAACUUUACUGUAAAGUCCAUCGGAAAUUACUUAUUCCGGGCUCUCAUUUUUUUCCUAAACCUCAAGUUGACGUUGGAUUAGUUAGAUUGUUACCAUUGAGAACUCCAUUGGUACCUACUGAGAUUCCUUUUAAAGUGGUUGAUAAAUUUGUUCGAAAUUUAUUUCAUCUGAGGCGAAAAUUUAUUCGAAGAUCGUUACAUGUUCUCUUCCCAUCAUCUGAGAGACAAUUGAUUGAUAAAAUUUGUAUCGAAGCAGGAGUAUCGGUAGAUGAUACACCGAUUAUGCUUUCUAAUCAAGAAAUUGCUCGAAUGAUUCAAAUUUACUACGAGAUAAUCAAAGAUUCACCAGAAUUAGCUGAUUACGAUCAUACAACUCGGAAAAAAGAACCCAAAUUGAUACGUGAUCUUUUCUCCGAAUCAAAUAUCUCAGUUAAUCCUAAAUGGGAACGGAAAACAAUCAAAAAUGAAUCAAAUCCAAUUGAACAAUAGAUGUGUACAAAUGAUAGAAAAAUUAAUAGUUUAUUAUUUAAA